CUUAAACAAGAUGUCCGCCAGGGACUCAUUCUCGCAGUGACACAACGUUCUGUCCGGCGUCUGUGUGUGAGAACUGAGGAUUAGAAGUACAGGCAGUGCAGCGUGAGACGGGAGUCGCCGCCGCCGUGCUGCUCCGAGAUGGCGGAGGUGAAAGUGAAGCAGGAGAGCGCAGAGGCUGCAGAGAUAGAGAAUAGGAUUAUAGAGCUGUGCCAGCAGUUCCCUCAUGGAAUUACUGAUCAAGUUAUCCAGAAUGAGAUGCCCCAGAUUGAAGCAAAGCAGAGAGCUAUGGCAAUCAACCGCUUACUGUCUGUUGGUCAGCUGGAUAUCCUUAGAAGCGGCACAGGCCUUCUGUACAGGUUGAAGGACACACAGACUGCCGGUAAAAUGAAGGGGUCUGACAACCAGGAAAAAUUAGUUUACCAGAUUAUUGAGGAUGCGGGCAAUAAAGGUAUAUGGAGCAGAGAUAUACGAUACAAAAGUAAUCUUCCUCUCACUGAGAUCAACAAAAUCCUGAAGAACAUGGAAAGCAAGAAACUGAUUAAAGCUGUCAAAUCAGUAGCGGCCUCAAAAAAGAAAGUUUACAUGCUGUACAAUGUCCAGCCGGACCGCUCCGUGACUGGCGGAGCAUGGUAUAGCGACCAAGACUUCGAGUCAGAAUUUGUAGAAGUGUUAAACCAGCAGUGCUUCAAAUUCUUACAGUCCAAGGCAGAAGCAGCCAAAGACAGUAAGCAAAAUCCGAUGAUCCAGAGAAACAGCUCAUUCGCCUCUUCACAUGAAGUUUGGAAAUAUAUAUGUGAACUUGGCAUCAGCAAGGUUGAAUUGUCAAUGGAAGACAUAGAAACUAUCCUAAACACGUUGAUAUAUGACGGAAAGGUGGAGAUGACCAUAAUUGCUGCUAAAGAGGGGACAGUGGGCAGUGUGGAUGGACAGAUGAAGCUUUACAGAGGAGUGAACCCAAUCAUACAGCCAGCAGGAUUAGUGCGGACACCGUGUGGCCUGUGCCCGGUCUUUUAUGACUGUCAUGAAGGUGGUGAAAUUUCUCCAUCUAAUUGUAUAUACAUGACGGAAUGGCUGGAAUUUUAAUGGUGACUGCUGGUUCUGGCUAGAUCUCUAACCUACAGUAUAAAAACAAUUUGCAAGAUCUCAACUCAUAUGGAGGAGCACUGUGCAUCAUGGGAGUUCCAGAGUGGACCCAGAGUAUGAAAGAUAUUUAUUUUAGACACAAUUUUAUUACAUUUGGUAUGUACUGAAGAGUCACCAUGUGAUCCCCGUCACAUUCCAGUGUAGUUUUAUUUAAUUAAUUACAUACUUCAGUUGCUUGCAUUAAAGCUGCAAAGCAGUGGUCAUGGGAAUUGAAGAUAACUGAAAUAAACGAAUUUCUUAUGUCCGAUUUGCUAAAUAAUAUUUCUCAUUGCUACAUGGUAAAUGAUAAAAAUGCACAUCAUAAUAUUUUCA